AUGCGAUCACGUAAAUCCUGUCGAUUAAACAAACUUAUUUCCGUUGCGACGUCUACCAUCCAGUCGGUGAACGCGACGCGUCUUCAUCAGGACCGACAGGUUUCUUCGAGGUUGUCUGCCAACAUGGCUUCGACGGUUGCCGAAGACUCCGAUACUGACAUGGAAGUGGAAGAGCUAAUUGAUCUUGGGAACUCACUCAUCAAUGCAAUCCUAGAACGCUCCUCUCUCAGUAAAAUCAAGAGAAUCAUUGAUGCUGGUGCUCCGCUCUGGUUUCAAGACGAUGAAGGAAUGUCUGCUCUACACGCUGCAGCGUACGUGGAGAAUGAAGAUUUGGUCAGGUUUCUGAUUGGUGAAGGAGCGUUAUGGAACGCAGUGGAUAACCUUCACAAUACCGCAGGAGAUAUUGCAUUAUCCUUGAACAACGGUCCAUGCUACACUAUCAUCAGGGACGCCGGUAUCCGUUCAGAACUGCUCUUGUCGUUGUUGUCAUCACGCUCUCCAUCUACAGAUUCGUCGCUGUCUCAUGUCUUGAAGGCUACCGACGCAACCCCAGCUGGAUCCACCGAUGCCUUCCUGUCAUCUCGCCUACAGUUCACGAAGGACACACACGGCCAAGACAUCUGUCUACUAAAAGUCAACGAGCAAGAAGAAAUUGGUGUGAUGAUGGGUUGGGAGCGAGGAAUAAUGCAGGAAACGGUGCACAAGCUGUGCUCUGAUCAUGAAAAUCUGCCACGCGGCCUAAAAGUUCUUAAUGUCGGCUUCGGCCUUGGAAUUAUCGACUGCCUGUUUCAGGCCCUGCCGGUCCCGCCCUCAAUCCAUGUCAUCAUCGAACCCCAUCCAGAUGUCUUGCAGCACAUGAGAGAAUUGGGCUGGUAUAACAAGCCGGGCGUGACAAUCUUGGAAGACUACAAGGAGCUUCAUCGCUUCUUUGGGCAUGUACCUGAUCUACUAGCGGGUCCAGAGUCACGUUUUGGAUUCUUCAACGGACUCGGUGCUACGAAUGCCCUAUUUUACGACGUUUACACGCAUGUUUCCGAUCUUCAUCUGGCCGAUAUUGGUAUUGACGUCGCGUGCAGCGACGUAGAUGUCUUCCAAGGUCAUGAGAGUCGUUGGGGGAAAAGCAGGGAGUACUUCGCAAUGCGAUCGUAUCGUCUUCCCGUGGGCAAGAUGAGAACUAUGUAG